CGCCUUCCCUCAUUACACCCUCUACUUGUAUUCAUGUUGACAGUGAAGCGAACCCAUGGACGUCGGACGAGAUGAAAAGUAACGGCAACCCAAUAUUAUUGUGUGAACUGGCAUCCAAGACAUUAUGCGCGGAACAUCUGCGCUGGGAGCUUAUAUGUAGCACAGUUGCCGCUUACCUAAAUACUCUGGUGACAACUUUACACAAGUAAGUACCUGGCAACACUUCGCAGGGCCAGACUGAAUUUAGUGUACCAUUGUUAUAUGAUUUUGACAAGUACUACAAUUCUUGCAUGUGACUAACUGGUGAACAAUAUACAACUAGCCAAGCAACGGUCAUUGCCAUCGCUGGCAGAUUUGGCUGCCUGCAGUCAACUGUUAUCACAGCCGCCCUCAACCGCCACUCCCGCAGGAAACCUUGCCAAGGCCUCGGUUGUUUUCACCACAUCACGGUCACCAAGUGUUAUAAUUAUCUGCACCGCUUGUGACUCCAGUGAGAAUGGAACGGUGGGCAGGUCGUGUUGCCCUGGUGACAGGGGCCAGUGUGGGCAUUGGCGCUAGCGUGGCGCGGAGGCUGGUGGCCCAUGGCAUGCGGGUGGUGGGCGCCGCUCGCAACGUGGACAGAGUACAGACCAUAGCGGAGGAGCUGAAGGAUCAGUCGGGGUCACUAAUUCCCAUGAAGUGUGACCUCACCAAAGAUGACCAAGUGCUGGAUAUGUUUGCGCGGAUCAAGCAAGAACUUGGAGGCGUCGACGUCUGCAUCAACAAUGCAGGAAUGUCAGUUGCCAAAAGUCUCCUGGAGGGCACCCCCGAGGACUGGCGGAAGAUACUGGACCUGAACGUGGUGGCUUUGUGUUUGUGUACGCGUGAGGCCGUGGCGUCAAUGAAGGAACGUGGUGUUGACGGACACAUCAUUCACAUCAGUAGUAUUUACGGCCAUUGCAUUCCUCCCCAACCUGUUUCUCACUUUUACACUGGCACCAAGCACAUGGUCACCGCUCUCACCGAGGCGCUGCGUCAGGAACUAAGACAGGCCAACAGCAACAUCAGGAUAUCAGCCAUCAGUCCAGGCCUGGUGGAGACUGAGUUUAUCAUGAGGACUGGACGGAGUCCGGAGGCAGCUCGCCAAUUAUACCAGGAGAUGCCGAGCUUACAGCCAGAUGACGUCACCGACUCCCUCAUCCACGCGCUGUCUGCGCCGCCAAGCGUGCAGGUCCAUGACAUCAUAGUCCGGCCCGCCAAGUCCGUAAACUGAGCGGCGGCACGCUGUGGUGAACUGUGGGGCUGAGUGGUUGUGCAGGAAUAAUCAGGGCACACACACACACACACACACGAACAAAUUUCCUAAUGUUUGUGUGCACGUGUCAAUAACACUUUACCAAACUCCACCAAUCAACACCAUUUCUUAUCAUUUCAUGUAGUGAACAUAAUAAAGAAAUGUCAAAGCAUCAAA